AUGACUUCAAAUAAUAAGCGCGAUUUAACUAACACAAAAAUUCGCCGUUCGAAUAGUCACGAUUCAAUUGUCGAUACCUUACAUCCUACUUCAAGAAUUUUACAUUCAAAAUCGUCGAACAAAGCCACUAGUGGAAGUUUUGAAAUCAAAGAUGAUUCGUCUAUAUCAUCGUCAAACGAGAACAUAUCAAUGUCAAAUGUAGCACAUUCUGCUUUACAACAUUCACAAGGAGCAAUGUCGUCAGGAAAAAUAUAUCGACAUUCACAACCUGAACCACACGCGAUUAAGCAUACAUAUGAAUUACGGUUACCUAUCAAACUUCUGAAAGGUGAAGAAGAAAUAAAGUUACGCGAAGACGUUUCGUAUAGAAUAAAUAGUCGAACAACUUAUCGUGGUGAACUGGUUUUAACAAAAUUUCGACUAAUAUUUGCGACAAAAGUAUCCGAUAAAAUACAGGUGUUAGUCGAUGUACCACUUGGAAUGAUUAGUCAGAUAGAAAGGAUUGGUGGACAAGUACGAAGUAAUAUUGAUGAUGUGUCUUAUGGAAUUGAAAUUAAUUGCAAAGACUUUCGAUGCUAUUUUUUUGAUAAUACGAAAGGACAAAAUCAACGACGAAAUUUACUUGAUCAAUUAACACGUCUAAUAUUUCCAAUAUCAACCAAUAAAAUAGACCUAACAAGUCCUAUUCAAUUUUUUAGUUUAUUUUUUGCGUCAGAUUAUAAGAAGAAAAUGUGUCCAAAUGUUAUUGAUGAAGGAUGGAUCUUGUAUAAUAAAAUGAAAGAUUACACAAGAAUGCAAAAUUGUGACCCACAUUGGACAAUCAAUGCUGAUAUUAAUAAAGGCUAUGCAUUAUGUGACACGUACCCUGAUAUACUAGUUCUUCCGUCCAAUUUUGAUACAUCUCGAUUGUCACGUGUGUCGGAAUUUCGUAGUCGAGCACGAAUACCGGUAGUGCUUAGUUGGUAUAGUCGAGAAACAUACGCAACAAUAACACGUUCUAGUCAACCAUUAACUGGUUUGUCGAAUAAAACAUGUGAAGAUGAUAUUGAUUUAUUACGUAAAGUAGCCGAUGCCAAUGUAAAUCAAGGACCAAAAUUAUUAAUAUUAGAUGCUCGUCCAAAAAUGCAUGCUAUGGCAAAUAUGGCCAAUGGUGGUGGUUAUGAAGAUUAUCCAAAUUGUGAAUUAGAAUUUCAUAAUAUUCAGAGUAUCCAUGUUAUGCGCGAAAGUUUGAGAAAAUUACAAGCUAGUUUACGUGCAGUCGCAUAUGAUGAUAAAACAUGGUUUAGCGAUUUGGAAAAUUCAAACUGGCUAUUUCAUAUAAGGGCAAUAUUAACUGGUGCCUUUAGGCUUGUAUCGUUAGUUUACAAUGAGAAACGUUCGGUGCUUGUUCACUGUAGCGAUGGCGGGGAUCGAACUGCACAAUUAACAUCAUUAUCCAUGCUUAUGCUUGAUGGUCACUAUCGUACAUUAAACGGCUAUAUGAUUUUGAUAGAAAAAGAGUGGCUCAGUUUCGGACAUAAAUUCUUUCUGCGUAUUGGUCAUGGUGACAAAAGUGAUUCUGAACGAUCACCAGUAUUUUUACAGUUUUUGGAUUGUACAUUUCAAUUACUUCAACAAUUUCCAUCCGCAUUUGAGUUUAAUGAAAAACUUUUAAUUACUAUAGCUGAUAAUCUGUAUUCGUGCCAAUAUGGAACGUUUUUACUCAAUUCAGAAAAACUCAGAACAGAAAUGAAAGUUUCUGAACAUACAAUGUCGUUAUGGACACAUGUAUUGCGUGAGAGAUCACUGUAUUUGAAUCCAUUUUAUAAUGAUAAAAUCGAGAAAGUACUUUUGCCGAAUAAUGCUAUAAGACAAAUCAAGUUAUGGAAGAAUUAUUAUUGUCGUUAUGUGCCAAGUUUCAAAUCAUCACUAGUAAGUUUGCGUCUUACUUUCUUUCUUGUGGACAGCUUGACCAUUUGGUAAACAAGUUAACAAAAUGAAGAACUGAGGAUUACUUAGGGCAAUCCAAAAGUAGUGAGGAAGGUACUUUAUUUUCUUAAGGAGCGCUUCAAAAACAUUUCUCUGUUAAUGAACAGAUAGAGCGUCUUUCGCUCUAUUUUUCUAUGCUAUUUGAUCAAUAUUCAACUAAUAUUAUAAUAAUAAAAUUUCGAUAAGAUCUGUUUCUUUCGCAUAUGUGCUGGUAGCAUGCAUGAAUGCUCGUGAGUACUUUUUGCAUAACGUUUGAUAACAACAAGAUAGAGAACUGUGGUUUUCACCGUUGGAAAGAGGACAUGAAGACGCACCGAAUUGUAUAUUACUGAUUUUUUUAAUAUGAUUUUCGAAGUGUUUUUAUUCAAUUUUCUAACCGUCGGAAAAAUUUUUGUUCAUGAAAAAAAGCAAAAACAAAAAAGUUGAUAGAAAAUUGUAGUAGAGGGUCGUCUAAAAUACGUACUAUCCCGAAAUAAUUAAAUUUAAACAUCUGAGUCUCUUGCAGUUUGUAGAUCUUCGAUUAGCGGUUUGAAUGUUAGCCU